AUGGAUGCAGGAUCUUUGAGUUCUUCCGGAACCCUCAAAACACGAUCACGCUACCCUCUUCAAGAACAGUUUAUUCAAAGAAAGAGUUCCAAAGAAAAUUUGGACAGAUUCAUACCAAAUAGGUCGGCAAUGGAUUUUGAUUUUGCUCACUAUAUGCUUACGGAUGGGAAUAAAGGUAAGGAAAAUCCAGUUGCGAGCUCUCCAUCUAGAGAUGCCUACAGGAAGCAGCUUGCAGAAUCCUUAAACAUGAACCGGACCCGGAUUCUCGCUUUCAAGAACAAGCCACCUGCACCAGUUGACUUAAUCCCCCAUGAGCUCUCCACGCAUAUCCAGGAUAAUAAUAGAUCAGUCAAGCCCCGACGAUUUAUUCCUCAGACUUCUGAAAGGACUUUGGAUGCUCCGGAUCUUGUGGAUGACUAUUAUCUCAAUUUGCUCGACUGGGGAAGCGGCAAUGUUCUUGCCAUAGCACUUGGAAGCACAGUGUACUUGUGGGAUGCAACAAGCGGUUCUACUUCAGAACUUAUUACAGUUGAGGAUGAAGAUGGCCCUGUAACAUCCGUUAGCUGGGCUCCUGAUGGACGUCAUAUUGCAGUUGGUUUGAACAACUCUGAAGUGCAACUAUGGGAUACAACUUCAAAUAGACAGUUGAGAACUUUGAGAGGUGGACACAGACAGCGAGUUGGAUCUUUGGCAUGGAAUAACCACAUACUCACAACUGGAGGGAUGGAUGGUAGAAUUAUCAACAAUGAUGUAAGAAUUAGAUCACAUAUUGUUGAAACCUACAGCGGUCAUGAGCAAGAGGUUUGUAGUUUGAAGUGGUCAGCUUCAGGUUCACAAUUAGCCAGCGGGGGGAACGAUAAUCUACUUUACAUCUGGGAUAGAGCAACCGCAUCUUCUAAUUCCACGACACAGUGGCUUCAUAGGCUUGAAGAUCACACAUCUGCUGUAAAAGCCCUUGCUUGGUGUCCCUUCCAAGGGAAUUUGUUAGCUACAGGUGGAGGAAGUGGAGAUCGCUGCAUUAAGUUUUGGAAUACCCACACAGGUGCAUGUUUGAACUCAAUUGACACUGGGUCUCAGGUAUGCUCCUUGCUGUGGAACAAGAACGAGAGGGAGUUACUCAGCUCUCAUGGUUUCACCCAGAAUCAAUUAACACUUUGGAAAUACCCCUCAAUGGUAAAGAUGGCUGAGCUCACUGGUCAUACUUCCAGAGUUCUUUUCAUGGCCCAGAGUCCAGAUGGUUGCACAGUAGCGUCAGCAGCUGCAGAUGAAACACUGAGAUUCUGGAAUGUGUUUGGAGCUCCAGAAUCAGCAGCUAAGGCUGCACCGAAAGCCAGGGCUGAGCCAUUUUCAAAUGUGAAUCGCAUACGAUGA